AUGUCGUCACAAAAUAAAUUCGGUCUACUGUUCGAUAUCGACGGAGUUCUCCUUCGAGGAAAGACUCCCAUCCCGGAAGCGAUUGAAGCAAUGAAAAUGAUCUAUAAAGACGGCCAAUUCGUAGUCCCUACAGUUUUCUGCACAAACGCUUUUGGCCACCGUGAAAAGAAAGUUGCUUCGCUCGAAGCUGCCCUCAACAUAAAGGUCGAUCCCGAUCAAGUUAUCAUGUCACAAAGCCCCCUCGAAAUGUUCAUGGACUACCACGACAAAACCGUCCUUGUUGUCGGCCCUGAACACGAUGGAGGAUGCUACGACGUUGCCAAAGAACUUGGAUUCACCAACAUGGUCACAUUGGACGAUGUCCGAAAGGCGUACCCCUACCUCGACUGGGUGGAUCGUAAAAAGUGGCCCACCGAAGAAGUCGAAGAUGACCCAAAUUUCCCUAAAAUCGAGGCUGUGGUGAUUCUUGGAGAGCCACUCAACUGGGAAGGAGCUUUACAAUUAAUUUUGGACGUUAUCCAAACCAACGGCCGCCCAAACCACACACCUGAACCUGGUCCACAGCAGAUUCCAGUUCUCGCCUCCAACAUGGACCUACAGUGGAUGGCCAAAAGUCCAAUUCCCAGGUUCGGAAAUGGGGCGUUCCUUGUGUGUCUGGAAGCACUUUACGAAAAACUAACAGGACAGCCUCUUCAAUACGAAGGUCUUGUCGGCAAACCAUCCGUCGUUACUUACCAGUACUCGUUAAAACUUAUGGAAGAGUUCGCCGAGAAAUUGGACCAGGAUGAAAUCAACACUGUAUAUUGCUUCGGCGACAAUCCCCUAUCAGACGUCUACGGGGCGAACCUCUUUACAAAAACUCUCAAAGAAGCACGCAAGGAAGGAAAAGUAAACGUUUGCCACGUCGCGUCGCUUGAAAAAUGUGUAUCCGUGCUCGUUGGAACCGGCGUCUGGAAUCCAAGCGAGCCUGAACCAGAAGAAAUCGAUGUUGAUUACGGACAUAGGGAUCUGCCAUUUAACCCUACUCUCUGUAAAGCGAACAUGAUCUCCACCGAUGUAGAACAAGCGUUAAAAGACGUUUUUGAAAAAGAAGGUGUGUCCAACAGCUGCUGCGAGUAA